AUGGCAUACUCCUCUGAGAGGCUUGAGAAAGCCCGAAGGCUAUUCCCAAGCCAGACCCCAGCGGUCUCCGAGAGCGGGGAGGGUUAUGACUUGAGAAGCCGAGCCAAAAACACCACCUCAACCAUAUCCUCUUGGAUCGACAAUGACAAGGACGACGAUUACCUCCCUCAUCAACCAUCUCGUUCAAAACACCGAUUGCCCUCGGACAAUGAGACUCGCCCGCACUCUCGACCCGACAGACAAGCCAAAAGACACUCAACUAACCCGAGAUCUUCGCUCGAGGAAGAUAUCGAAGAAGAUGCGCCGUCCUCAUCUUCUACCGCCACCCCUGGAGAUACAACUGGCCACUCAAAAUGGGAAGAACUAUGGGAGCCUCAAACGAAGAGAGAUCCAACCAAAGCCUAUCACCUGCGAGCCCGCAAGGAUACAGCCGGUUCUCCCAGCAACACCAGCAUCAGCCCACAGACAGACUCGACACUGUUUGAAGAAGGCAAAUCCCCCACAAAGGGAUGUCUGGCUUGCCAGGAACUGGAGCUCGACUGCUCGCUGGUAGAGGAUCCAUUUUGCUAUCCUUGUGAUAGCUGUCGCGACGACGAGUGUGACUGCUUUCCGGAUCCACCACCUACCUGGAAACAACCGUGUGAGCCUUGCAGGAGCCAACGCCGUUCUCGGUGCUCAUAUCUCUCGCCAGACUACGAUCACAGUCAGCCUUGCUUCGAAUGUGUGCAGCAUGGCUUCCAGUGCGUCGCUGGGCCCGCCAAAUGCCCGCCUUCUGGUGGGUAUCGCCCCAACGACCCGGAGGGCACGGCUACCGAUACAGAAUAUGAGGAGCAAGAUGAUGAGCCUGUGGACAGUUCUGCCGAAACCUCUGACCGGGAUAAAAAGGGAAAAUCCCGCCUACAGGGAUCAGAGGGCAUCCCAGCCCCGGCAGAAGAAAACAGUCAGAACACUGCAAGCCAAGAGUCGACACUGGAGACAUCAGUUACUCCCCAUGCUACACUUGCCGGCUCGGGACUACCGCCAUCCACUAUCCCAACCUUUGGAUCCAGUUCCUCGAGUCCAUACGGGACUGCAUACCGAAUCCGAACAUGCUAUCCACACCCGCUGACCCUUCUAGAUAGAGAGAGCCCUCUAUCAUGCCACUGGUGUUCGAAUUUCGCAUACGGUAUCGUCGGGCUCGGUCCUCGAGACACGGAGAUUCUGGACUUUGGUACAGGGCGAAUGAUUGAAAUCACAGACGGGCACCAAGGCGAAGGAAAGGAACCGAGUCGUAUGUGUUGCUACUGCGCCAAUGAACGGCUCCAGAUCAUGGCGUGCACGCACUAUGACAUCGGUCCAAUGCUGCACGAGAUAAAUCCGGCAACUCCUUUCAGUGCGUCGACAGCAUUCCAAAAUCUGGCUCAAGCUCGUGCAGCUCUCCAGGAACCAUCAUCUCCGUGCUAUGGCCAGCCCUUUGAAGAGCCUGACUACCAAUGGUGCAGUCUUUGCCAAGAGCCUGCUUUCUGGACUUGCAACAGUAACCAGACUUUCCUCACAGAUGCUCGAGGUAACAUCUUGCAGACUACGGGACCUAUUGACAUUGGAUGCGGCCUCUUUCUCUGUGAUUACUGCACUCGUCAAGUCAAGCGGUUCAAUGGUGAUCUCGAUGAGGCUGUGGAAUGGGGGAAGCAGGAUCCACAGAAGCAGACCGAGUUUCGGGCAGAUGUUGACUACAUCUUGAAGAACUCGAACUUGAACUUCGUGCGGCACCAGAUCUACACGAUUUAG